AACACUCUCUACCUUUCCUUAAAGAGUGUUCCGCGAAUUUUCGGACACUCUGUAUACGUUUCUACUUAUAUUCAUACGUAGGUGUAAUAAUGGCAAGCCUACUGGCAGUGCAACCAGCCAUGAUGCAGGAUCGCAACUGUUUCGAGCUCUACGGCUACGAUGUGUUGCUCAGCAAUGAUCUGCGACCUUGGUUGCUGGAAGUCAACGCAUCCCCUGCCUUAACAGGCACAGACGAUGAGGAUCAUCGUCUCAAGUUCAACCUCAUCGACGAUGUCCUCAACAUCCUCGACUUUGAGGGUCGCUUCAGCGGUCACGAGACCAGAAUCGGAGGGCUAGAUCUGCUCUGGGAUGACGGACCAGUUUGGACCAACUGUCCAUAUUUCAACGUUUGCACGAUGGACACUGUAGCCAAUGAUUUCAAGAGGCUCAACAUCUUCCUCGGAGCGAUUAAUGAUCGUGAAAAACAGCUUUCUUUAUUAAAAAGCCAGUUGAUGGAAAAACGUAAAACGAAUCAAAAUCAAUCUUCUAUGGUGCAGUAUUGCUUAAAGUAAAAAUAAAGAUAAAGAAAAAUUUAAUUUUCAUUAAGGGGGCCAAUGUUAUAAUUAUUUAUUAUUU